AUGACUCGAGGAUUUCAACUACCCCUACUCGCAUUGGGCUCGGUGGCCCUUGCCAGCCAAGAUUCCUUUCAGACCAAGUGUGUCGAGUUUGGCAAGAGGAUCAACAUUCCGAAUGUGCAGGUGAAUUUUGCCGAAUUUGUCCAAGGAGGGACAAACCUGUCUUUGCCAGACAAUGCGGCGAGCUGUGGCGCCUCCUACCAGGAAGUCUCAGUUGAUUUGUGCCGAGUUGCAAUGGCUGUCAAGACUUCUUCCAGCAGUCAAAUUACGCUCGAGGCCUGGUUCCCUCGAGAUUAUAAGGGUCGUUUCCUGAGUACAGGAAACGGCGGUCUCUCCGGAUGCAUUCAGUACUACGAUCUCGCUUAUACAGCUCAGUUUGGAUUCGCUACGGUCGGUGCCAAUAAUGGCCACAAUGGCACUUCUGGCAAACCGUUUUACCGUCAUCCUGAGGUUGUUGAGGACUUUGCUUAUCGCUCGGUUCACACCGGCGUCGUUAUUGGCAAAGAACUUACCAAUCAAUUCUAUGAUGAGGGUUUCAAUAAGAGUUACUACCUUGGCUGCUCUACUGGUGGUCGUCAGGGCUGGAAGUCUAUCCAGAAAUACCCCAAUGAUUUUGAUGGCGUCGUUGCUGGCGCUCCUGCUAUCAACUUCAUUAAUUUGCUGGCCUGGAGUGCUCAUUUCUACCCCAUCACCGGGUCUCCAUCCUCUGAUACUUAUCUUUCACCUGCUGAAUGGAAGAUUGUUCAUGAAGAGAUCCUUCGCCAGUGCGAUACUAUUGACGGAGCAAAGGAUGGCGUGAUCGAAGAUCCAGAUCUAUGCCACCCUAUUCUGGAAACAUUGAUCUGCGCGCCUAAUACUUCCAAUACAUCCAGUUGCCUGACUGGCACUCAGGUACACACCGCGCAGCAGGUCCUCUCUCCUCUUAACGGCAUCAACGGCACCCAGCUGUACCCCCGCAUGCAACCCGGGUCAGAGAUCGCAGCCUCAUCAAUCAUGUAUACUGGUGAACCCUUUUCCUAUAGCACCGAUUGGUACCGAUAUGUCGUCUAUAAUAACCCGUCCUGGCGUGGCGAGAACUGGACAGUCAAGGAUGCAGCAGUCGCACUUGCUCAGAAUCCGUAUAAUAUCCAAACCUGGGAUGGUGACCUCUCGCCUUUCCAGAAGGCAGGCGGAAAGGUUCUUCACUAUCACGGUCUGCAGGACCAGCUCAUCAGCUCAGAUGACUCCAAGUGGUAUUACUCCCACGUUGCUGAGACGAUGAAUCUGCCACCGGCUAGCCUUGAUGAAUUCUACCGUUUCUUUACUAUCAGCGGUAUGGGUCACUGUGGGGAUGGCGAUGGUGCUUAUGGUAUUGGCCAGGGCAUUGAUACCUACGCUGGUAGUGACCCGGAGGACAACGUUCUUAUGGCUAUGGUGAGAUGGGUUGAGCAAGGUGUGGCGCCUGAAACUGUCCGUGGCGCCAAGUUUACCGAUGGUCCUGGAUCCGAGAUCGAAUACCGUCGCAAGCACUGCCGCUACCCUCGCCGAAAUGUGUUCAAGGGUCCCGGAAACUACACUGAUGAGAAUGCUUGGGAAUGUAUUUGA